GCGGCCCAGAUGAAUAAAUACCCCAAAUCCAGCAGGAGAUCAGAGGCUUCCAGUUACCAGACCAGUGGCCAGAAGUUUCCUUUAAAGUUUACUUUGUGUGUUAAACACUACAACAAGGAGGAACCAUGGUCAGCCGAUUUGAGCACCCAGCUGGUGGCUACAGGAAGCUUUUUGAGACAUGUGAAGAGAUGUCUGAGUCUAUUCCUGCAACAGUCACAGGUCGGAUUCCUUCGUUUUUGAAGGGGAGCCUUCUCCGUUUGGGACCCGGACUUUUUGAGGUUGGAGAUGAACCCUUCUAUCACCUCUUCGAUGGUCAGGCCCUCAUGCACAAAUUUGACUUCAAGAAUGGCCAGGUCACCUAUUACCGGAAGUUUAUCAGGACAGAUGCUUAUGUGCGUGCCAUUACUGAGAAGCGUGUGGUGAUUACUGAGUUUGGUACAUUCGCAUAUCCGGAUCCCUGCAAGAAUAUCUUCUCCAGGUUUUUCACUUACUUCCAAGGUGUUGAGGUCACAGACAAUUGCUUGGUGAAUGUCUAUCCUAUUGGUGAGGAUUAUUAUGCUGUAACAGAAACCAACUACAUCACUAAAGUAAACACAGAUACCCUGGAGACUCUGAAGAAGGUCGAUAUGUGCAACUAUGUCAAUAUUAAUGGAGUGACAGCCCACCCUCAUAUUGAGAGGGAUGGUACUGUGUAUAACAUUGGCAACUGCAUGGGGAAAGGAGCAUCUCUGGCCUACAAUAUUGUCAGGAUCCCACCCACACAGAAAGAUAAAUCUGAUCCGAUUGAAAAAUCCAAGGUAGUGGUGCAGUUCCCCAGCUAUCAGAGAUUCAAGCCUUCCUACGUGCACAGUUUCGGCAUGACGGACAACUACUUUGUCUUUGUGGAGACUCCAGUGAAAAUCAACCUGCUGAAGUUCCUGAGCGCCUGGAGUAUCCGUGGAUGCAACUACAUGGAUUGCUUUGAGUCCAAUGAGAGCCAAGGAACCCUGUUCCACAUUGCCAAGAAGGACCCAGGAGAGUACAUUGAUCUCAAGUUUAAAGGAGCACCCAUUGGCAUGUUUCAUCACAUCAAUGCCUUCGAGGACCAAGGGUUCAUUGUUUUCGACCUGUGUGCCUGGAAAGGCUUUGAGUUUGUUUACAACUACCUCUGGUUGGCCAACCUGAGGGCCAACUGGGACGAGGUGAAGAAGGCAGCCAUGCUCGCCCCUCAGCCAGAGGUGCGCAGAUAUGUCAUUCCCCUGGAUGUCCACAAGGAGGAGCAGGGGAAGAAUCUCAUCAGCCUGUCGUACACCACAGCUACAGCUGUGAUGCACGCUGAUGGGACGACCUGGCUGGAGCCUGAGGUGCUGUUCUCCAGUCCUCACCAAGCUUUUGAGUUUCCUCAGAUUAACUACAAGAGGUAUGCAGGGAAGAAUUACACAUACGCCUAUGCACUGGGUCUCAACCACUUCAUACCAGACAGGAUCUGCAAGUUGAAUGUGAAGACCAAGGAGACCUGGGUAUGGCAGGAGCCUGACUCCUACCCAUCAGAGCCCCUGUUUGUCCAGACUCCUGAUGCUGUGGAUGAAGAUGAUGGAGUGCUGCUUACCAUUGUGGCGGCUCCCGGUGCCCAGAGACCAGCGUACCUCCUCAUCCUGAAUGCCAAGGAUCUAUCUGAGGUCGCCAGGGCAGAGGUGGAGUGCACCAUUCCUGUCACCUUUCAUGGGAUGUACAAACCCUAAUGAUUCGUGACUGAUCACACUUCUCUGUGACAACUGCCACUCAUUAUUAGAACGAUGACAAAAACUUAUCAUUGUGUCAAGUUGUUUUUGAGAAAGUGAUUGCAUCUUCUCCACUGCAGACAGUGGGUGCCUUCUGAGCCAUGAAAUAAAUCUCAACUAAAAUGUCUAAGCUUGAACUGUCAGUACUGGUAAAAAUAAAAAUAAAAAAAAGACUUGUUCACA